UUGAUGCUUGUGAGUCUGGGGUUGGGGCAGUACUGUUGCAAAACGGGGCCAAGGAGUUUCAGCCUGUAGCCUUCUUCUCUGCCAAAUUCCAGCUGCAUCAGAAAGCUUACUCUACCAUUGAAAAAGAAGCCCUCGCACUGAUUCCUUCGAAAUCCUUCCCUGCUGGCUCAGGAUGUCGCUAUCCAAGGAAAUGAUGUGCUUGGUGAAGCAGAAUGAGGAGGAGGGAUUUGACCUGGUGACCCGUCCAGUGCCUACCCCGGGGCCAGACGAGGUCAUCAUCAAAGUUGAAAGGGUGUCCAUCUGCGGUUCGGACAUGAACCUGUGGAAAUGGAAUGACAUGGCUCGUGUCCGAGGCAGACUUCCCUUCAUCCCAGGUCACGAGGCGACAGGGCAGGUGGUGGAAGUGGGAUCACAGGUGAAGGAGGUGCAGGUGGGACAGCGGGUAGCUGUGGAGAACCACUUCUACUGUGGCACUUGUUACCAGUGUAAGGAUGGUCGUGGUGAUAUAUGUCAGAGGAUGAGGCAGUAUGGUCACGGGCGAGGCUGUGACCAGGGUGGCUGCUGCCAGUACUCGUGUGUUCCAGCUCGUUACUGCUUCAUACUCACCAAGAACCUCACACCUGAUCAAGCUGUUCUCCUAGAACCCAUGGGUGUGGCACACAACGCAGUAGAGAACAUCAGUGUGGAAGGAGAAGAUGUUCUGGUGUUGGGCUGUGGACCUGUAGGACUCCUCGUCAUUGGCGUCGCCAAGGCACUGGGUGCUCGAGCAGUGUACGGGGUGGACGUGGAUGUCGCAAGACUGGACCGGGCAUUGAAGAUGGGCGCCACAAGGGUUAUCAAUGGAUCCAAGGAAGACAUAUCCAGAGUUGUGAUGCAGUUGAGUGACAAUAAUGGUGUUGGCCGCAUUGUGGAGGCUAGUGGCGCCGCCUCCCUCCUCAACCAGUCCUUCUCUUAUCUACGUAAAGGGGUGGCAAUGGUACUGAUUGGGCUUCUCAAAGCACCACUUUACGUUGAGAAUGUCCUCGCCGAUGUCAUCUUCAAGUCUAUCACUCUCAAAACCAUUCAUGGGCGGAGGAUUUUCCACACAUGGAAGGAGUGUGAAAGGCUCCUGGCUGAUGGUCUGGUGGAUGUCUAUCCAGUCAUCUCUCAUCAACUUCCCAUGACACAGUACCUACAUGCUUUUGAUUUGUUCAUAACAGGUGGUGCCUGCAAGAUUAUCCUCGAUCCCCAGAACUGACUCUAUGGUUCCUACAGUGAUAUGUAUAUUCUUUACUAUUAUACCAUCAGUAUGUAAGUGAUAUUUUCAACCUGCAAUACAGUUAAUUUUAUAUGGUACUGUACUGUAGACCACAAUAAGCUUAAAAUUAUAUUCAUGAAGCUCAAAGCCUCAAGGGGCAAUGCAGCACCUACAGAAUUGGAGGUAAUUAAUCUUAUUCCACGAAAAUGGUGUAGCUCCAAUUCCUUGGAUCAAGAGCCCUUCAGCAGGCCCUUGAAAGUCUAAUUAAAUGAACCAUUACCAUAAUCAGAGUGGCCAGUGACAAAAUUUCCACAAAGGAGACCUGGUUCAACUUGAAAGAUAAGGAAAUGCCUUUUGAAUGCAACAUACAGGGUUAUAAACUAUUCCACACUGAUAGUAUCAACAAGAAGGGUGGUGGAGUGGCGAUGUAAGUCAGAGAUAAUUUAAAUUAUUGUGUUAGACAUGAUAUAAGAUUAGAAACAUAGGACACAGAAUCUGUUUGGCUACAGUUUACUGAGGGGUGUGAAAAAUUAAUUUUGGGUGCGAUAUAUAGGCUGUUAUGGGACGAAAUUCAUAAGGCAUCUAGAUAUGAAAAUGUUACGUUAAUGGGAGAUUUUAACUUUAGAGAAAUUGAUUGGAACAAUUUGACAGGAAAUUUUAAGUCUAGUGACUUUCUUGAUACGGUUCAGGAAUGCUUUUUAAAUCAGUUUGUGACAGAACCAACUAGAGGACACAACCUGCUUGACUUGGUUCUUGCCAACAAAGAAUCACUAAUUAAUAAUCUUGAAGUAUGAUGAGCUUGGGGAGAGCGAUCACAAAUCACUUAGUUUCAAUAUAUUAUGGAAUUACACAG